GACAUGGGGUCUGUUUCGGGAGCAAGUUAGUUUUUGAUGUGGGUUACAGUUGGCCAUCAACGGCCCAGCCAGACCCAGGUCCCUGUGGCCAUCAGCCACAGGCCCAGUGGGACUUGGGCAACACAUCCUGGUGGUAUUUGGAGUCCAUCUCAGGGCAACAAGGUGAAAGUGAGCAAGAAAAUUACAUUUUCAGAACACUUGAAAGAUUUUGAGAAGUCACUGUCUUUUGGGGAAAUGGGAUGGUCCAGAAAACAAAACAAGAACCAGAAAGGCCUGGCUACAAGUCCACCUCCGCCUGUUUCUAAGCUCUGGCAGCAAAGCUCAGGCUUUGUACUUACUAAACAAGAACUCCUCAUUCUCCAUCUCUGCCCUUGGCCCCUGGCAACCACCACUCAGCCAAGGACAAAGGGAAGACUUCUCUUCAGGGUGCAGCAGAACCAUCCAGGUUGGACAGCGGCUGAAGAGCUCCAAGAAAUUAGGUACAUCACCGAAUUCUUCCAGAAGGUAGUUAAUCCAGUGUAUCUGGAAAUCCUGCGGACUGACAGUGAAGCCUGGCAGAGAUUUGUGGCUGUGGCUGGACUGCCCAGAGACGAGGCAAAUGCCCUCUAUGAAACUCUGAAGAAGCGUACAACAGAUGUGGUUAUUGACGACAAAGGCAAGUGGCAAAAUGACCGGCCGUUAAGAGAAUGGUUUUUGAAAAAGUGUCCUCAACUCCGAAGGAAUAUUCAGGAGUCCAUAAGGGAGAUUUAUGCCCUUGCAGAUGGGACUGAAAAGGUCCACAGAGACUCCACCAUCUCCAACGUGGUGUCCUACGCGGCUGGCACUGCCUCUGGCAUCAUGUCUAUUCUCGGCUUUGUUUUGGCACCCUUUACAGGAGGGGUGAGUCUGGCCCUCACAACAGCUGGGGCAGGGCUGGGAACACUGUCUCUUGUGGCUGGGUUCAUCACCCGUACCGUGGAGGACUCACACACAUCAUCAGCACAUGCCGAAGCCAACAGGCUGUCUGUGACCAGCACUGACAAACUGAAAGAAUUUGUUGAAGUUAUGCGUGAAAUGCCACCUGACUCGCGUUCCCGCAUUAUUGAUUUUUACAAAGCCACAGAAGUCCUUGGGGAGGAGGUCCGUGCCAUGAGGGGAGCCAGAGCCGGUGUCCUACACCUUCGGCAAACCUCAGCUGGAAAUGAUGCUGGGUUCUUCUUAACAAGUGAACGCACCAACUGGCUGGUGGGCAGAGGGGGCCGGAUGACAAAUGCAGCCUCUAUAGGCAUCCCACUUGUGCUAAAUGUGGUCAACCUUGUGUACGAGUCAAAGCACUUGCUUGAGGGGGCAAAUUCGUGGUCAGCGGAGGACCUGAGGCAGCAGGCUCGGAUGCUAGAGGUGAAUCUGCGCUCUCAGUCCUGUUGAUCUCUGAACCUAUAAUGUAGUGGGGAACUCCAGAGCAGUGCAGCCACAAGGGGAGACGAGCUGAACACAGGCCAGGACAAAAUGCAGACAUUUUAUUAGAGGAAUAAGGGGGGCGAGGCAAAGUUGAUGGAACUGAGUGUUAGGGACUUUGGCAUUUCUGUAGCUGAGCACAGCAGGGGAGGGGUUAAUGCAGACGGCAAGUGUGCCGGGGAGAAGGCAGGAACACCGGAGCCUGGAAUAAGGGAAGAGAGGGGACGGGAUAGUGUGGGGAAUGGGAAGAAACAGUUUGCUUUAGGCUAAAGAAUAUAUUGGGGGAGGAAAAGAGGGGAGGUGUCCAGGAGCAACCAAGGAGGAGGCCAGGAAGAGAAAGCGCUAAAGACGCAGCAAGCCAAAAUGCAGACCCGCCCAUUUGUCUGAUGUUUUUCUAAGAAUGAAGUCUUUCCUGGCGAUGGGCUCCCACCUGUCUCUCCAGCAUCCACUCCCCCUUGUCCUUCCGGGGGUGUCUCAGUUAAACAUUGGCUUCUUGAUGGUAAUGGUUGUAGUGUGAUGGGUCCUCUUUUAGGUUAUUUAAGGGUGUAUGUCCCCUGCUUGAACCCUGAAAGCCAGGCAAUGAGCCAUGGCCCUGGUCCCCAACUGAGGACCAGGUGCCUCUGAGAAUCCAAACAUCCUGGAGAACAUGAGAACCAACCAAGAAAAAGUGGCUCAUACACGGCAGGCAAAGAGCCAGAAAGUUAACUGAAAAGCAGUUUGCAGACUGAAGGCGGAAUGGAUCUCUAGAGCUGUCCUGCUGAGACCCCUGUGUGGAUGUCCUAAUAAACUCAACUACUGGCCAA